AACCCUCUGAGCUCUCUCCCUCUUCCUACACUUUCUCUCUCACUCCUCCCUCACUACUUUCCCUCUCCUCUCAUUCCCUCUCUUUCCUCAUUGCCUUAACUCCAACACCCAAAAAAAUACCAGAAAAAAAAAAACCCCAAAAAUAUAAUAACAGACUAAAAUUCUAGAGCUCCCUUGCAGCCAUGGAAGCUCCGGAGUACUACAAGAAAACUUUCUGCCCACAAUUCACACCUGAAAAGCGCCACUCCUUCGACAGCAGUAACAACAAGACCGCCGUUGGUGGCGGCGGGGACCACUUUAUGGUGGAGGACCUCCUCGACUUUUCCAACGACGACGACGCUGUCAUUACCGACGGUGGUUGUCCUGCUGCUUUUGACAACGUCAUCGGAAACUCCACCGACUCUUCGCCACUUAACGUCAUCGACAGCUGCAAUUCGUCCUCCUUAUCGGGCUCUGAACCCAAUUUCGGGUCCCGGAAUCUCGCCGACGGCCCCUUCUCCAGUGACCUCUGCGUCCCGUGCGACGAUUUGGCUGAGCUCGAAUGGCUGUCGAAUUUCGUGGAGGAGUCGUUUUCCAGCGAGGACCUGCAGAAGCUGCAGCUGAUAUCCGGAAUGAAACCCCGACCCGACCAGGCCGCCUUCGAGACCAGCCAAUUCCAACCGGACCCCACCCUAACCAAUAACAAUCCUAAUGGCAAUAACAACCCGAUAUUCAACCCGGAAGUUUCGGUCCCCGCCAAGGCCCGAAGCAAGCGGUCCCGGGCCGCCCCGUGCAACUGGACCUCCCGCCUCCUCCUCCUCUCGACUCCGGAGCAAUCCGACGUCGUGGUUUCAGCGGCGGAGGCAGCGUCUCCAUUACCGCCGCCUUCCAGCACUGGGAAGAAGACUGUGAAGUCGGCACCGAAGAAGAAGGAGAGCCAGGAAGGUUCGGGCGGUGGGCCCGGUGACGGGAGAAAGUGCAUGCAUUGCGCAACGGACAAGACGCCGCAGUGGCGGACGGGGCCGAUGGGUCCGAAGACACUGUGCAACGCGUGCGGGGUUCGAUACAAGUCGGGUCGACUAGUGCCGGAGUACCGACCCGCGGCGAGCCCGACGUUCGUGCUGACAAAGCACUCCAACUCGCACCGUAAGGUGCUGGAGUUGCGGCGGCAGAAGGAGAUAGUGAGGGCGCAGCAGACUUUCAUUCACCAGGUGCCGCCGCCGCAUCAUCACCACCACCACCAUCAGAAUAUGGUCUUUGACGUAUCCAACGGCGGAGAUUACUUGAUUCAUCAGCACGUGGGGCCCGAUUUCCGGCAGCUGAUCUAGUCGGGGAGCGAGCUAGAGUAGCUAAAACUAGGCAACUUUUCGAGGUUAAUUUAGUGGACCCAGUUGAUCUUUUUUUUUUUUUAAUUAAUUAGAUAAUUUCGUAAUGUUAUUUUCUUUAUCCUACGGUUAUUUUCCCUAACUUAAUUUUGAAUUUUCUAGUUUUCCUUAA